AUGACGACUAUUGCAAAGCCCCGCCUCUUCACCCCAGGAAAGCCUCCAAGGAGCCCGUCACCAUGACAACGAACUCUAGCGGCUCUGCGCGCGCAGAAGCCGCGCCCUGCCUCGUGGACAGGGGAGGAGCGAAACGAAACAAGGGCGGGAUUAAUGACCCUAAGGCCACUCCCUCUCUGAAGAAGGCCCAGCCCAGGCCGGAUGCCUGAGUCCCGACGCCGGGCGCGCCCUCCCCAGCCGCCCGGCCGAGAGCUGAGCUUGGGCUGGGGGCCGCCCUCGCGUCUUCCCAAAAUCUCUGAGGUGCAGCCAGGCGCGGAGAGCGAGCACACAGCGCCGGAGCCUGUGGGCGCCGGAGAUCAGACCCACCGACCUGCAGCUGAGCUGAGGCGGGGCCAAACUGGAGGCUGGUGGGCAGUCAUGCAUGUUAUGGCAGGCCCUGCAGGUAGCCGGAAUCCGGGCCCCCCUCAAGCCCUGUACAUGGUCCUCUUAAUAAUGCUGGCCGUGAUGAGCUUGGCGUUUGGUGAGUUUGAGCAUUAUGAUCAAGAACCCCUUCAUCAGAUUCAUUUAAACAAAUACCUAAGCUGCUAUCGAUGCCUCUUGGAGACCAAGGAGUUGGGAUGCCUUCUAGGAUCUGACAUCUGCCUCACCCCGAAGGGCAGCAGUUGCAUGACACUGCUCAUAAAGAACAACAGUGGUUCAGAGAUCAUGGUGAGUGACUGCCGCAGCAAGGAGCAGAUGAGUGAUUGCUCGUACACCCACACUUCUCCAGUGUGGGGCUUCUGGAUAUUCUCUCAAUGCUGCUUCCAGAAUUUCUGCAAUAACCCUCAGAACAGAAUAAAAUAUGGUCCUUAGAACUUCUGUAGAGACCUCUGGAGUAAAAACCUGCCAAUUUCCAGCCAUCCUCCUGAUUUCCACCUGGGGGCAGCCAGAA